AUGAUACUUCCGCUUUUAUUUCUCGUCGCUGAGGGGUUCAUACCUGAACAAGCGAUCGGUUUCAACCAGAGAACAUGCCCAGAUCAGGAUGUUGGCGAGGAAUGCGAGGCUACUUGCAGAAUGAGCUAUUUGGAUUGUCGAAAUGCCUGUGCUGAUCAUGUUUGUGAGACUCUUUGCUUGGAAAAUUUUGUCUAUUGUGCGGAAGAUUGUCCCUGCAAUCUGAACUGUUUGGAUGGAUGCGAAGGAUGUGAAAGUCCCUAUUGUGUUUGCAGGAAUCCAGAAGAAGAUGCAGAUACAUUGAAAUGCAUUAAGGAAGCUAUCGAUGAUCAGGUGAAAUGUCAACUUAUGUGCAGCCCAACUGAUAAUGAUUGCUACUCAAAAUGCUUUGAAGAAUUUCUCGUGGCGAAAGAAAAUUGUCCAUGCAUGUCAAAUUGCUCUAAUGGAUGUCCUUGUCCAUCAUACUCGUGUGGUAACUCUCUUGGAAAUAGUCUUCCAGUUCUCGUCUUGUCCGACAAAGGAAGCAACAGACUUUCCUAUAUUUUUACAGCAGAAGAAACGAUUGUAGAAAAUGUUGUCAUCAACACUCCAGCGCAAGGAUAUCUUGAACGCGUUGGUUUUGGAACUUUGAAUGGGGAACAUUAUAUUUUUGGAGGUUCAGGCGCUCCACGAAAAGUUGCAAAACUUGUUGGUUGUAGUUUUGUCGAGCAACAAAUUCAAUUGGUUCAAGAUUUUAAUCUGUACGAAGGGGCGACACUCACGAUGGACAAAAUAAACAAAGUUCUGCUUUGCUUCGGUAGUAGUGGUCAUACAUCUUGUCAAUUUUUCGACGGCGUGAAAGCAGAAGAAACCUUCUCAACAAACUAUAGCCAUCGAUAUACGUGUCUGGCAAAUUAUGGCGAGUGUCCUCUCGUUGUUGCCGGACUCAGUACCGAUUCUGUCGAAAUCUUAAAAGAAAAUGGGUGGCAAGACUCUGUGAGCCUGAAUAUCAAAUCUCAUGUUUGUUUUGAUGUUGAUGAAGGAGUGAUUGUUAUCUCUGGCUGGACGAACACCGGGGAUGGGGGGAACUUUAAUGUUUUCUUCCUAAAAGAUGAUCAGUGGAGAAAUGUUGGACAAGUCUCGACACACCAGAAUAUUGCUUCUGCGCUUAAUUUGGUUGAUCGAUUUUACGUUUUCAGUGGAGAAAUGGGAAAAGUAGUUCAAAAUAUCAACUGGAAUGGAGAAACCGUUACAGCCACCGAGAUAGUUCAUACUCAUCUUGAUGAUUUCGCUCGACCUGCUCUUUUUUCUAUACCAAGUAGUUCAUUCUGCAUUGUCUGA